AUCUCAGUACGUCCAGUGAACGGUGAACUCUAUGCGGAUCUGGUUGUAAACGGACAGCUCGAUCGAGAAUAUCGCGACAAGUACGAACUGAUUGUCGAGGCGAUCGAUGGCGGCAAACCAGCAAAUCACUGGGGUAGGGAGAGUGAGAUCAUCUCAGUACGUCCAGUAAACGGUGAACUCUAUGCGGAUCUGGUUGUAAACGGACAGCUCGAUCGAGAAUAUCGCGACAAGUACGAACUGAUUGUCGAGGCGAUCGAUGGCGGCAAACCAGCA